GCCGAGCCCGCUCCCCCCGCCCCCGGCUCCCCACGCGCGAGUUGAGAAAAACCAGAGAACCAUCAAAGUGGCCGGAGCUCCUGGAGGGGGAGAAAAUCUGGCAGCUUUGGCUCCUUUCCACGCUUUGUGCCUGACAAUGGUCGGGAUCAGUGACUAGUGUGCUUUUAUGAACUGCUCCCUAGGUCUGGCUGGCACACCAUGGCCACUCCGGUGAGGACGUUCCCGCUUUCCCUGUGGACACCGACGCCGGCUCCCUGGCCAGGGGGGAACACCACAGCAGCGCCCGAGGCUAAGUGUGUCUUCAACGAAGAGUUCAAGUUCAUCCUGCUGCCCGUCUCCUACAGCAUCGUCUUCGUGGUGGGGCUGCCCCUCAACUCCUGGGCCCUGUGGAUGUUCAUCUCCAGGAUGAGGCCCUGGAAUGCCACCACCACCUACAUGGUGAACCUGGCCCUCUCGGACACGCUCUACGUCCUGUCCCUGCCCACCCUGGUCUAUUAUUACGCCGACCGCAACAAUUGGCCCUUUGGCACGGGGCUGUGCAAGAUCGUGCGGUUCCUCUUCUACGCCAACCUCUACAGCAGCAUCCUCUUCCUCACCUGCAUCAGCGUGCACCGCUACAUGGGCAUCUGCCACCCCAUCCGCUCCCUCAAGUGGGUGAAGACCAAGCACGCCCGCAUCAUCUGCGUGGCCGCCUGGCUCGUGGUCAUCAUCUGCCUCAUCCCCAACCUCAUCUUCGUCACCACCAGCUCCAAGGGCAACACCACGCUGUGCCACGACACCACCAAGCCCGAGGAGUUCGACCACUACGUGCACUACAGCUCCUCCAUCAUGGCCCUGCUCUUCGGCGUGCCCUUCCUGGUCAUCGUCCUGUGCUACUGCCUGAUGGCCAAGCGCCUCUGCAAGUCCAGCGUUUCCAGCCCCGGCCCCCGCAUGCCCUCCUACAAGAAGCGCUCCAUCAGGAUGAUCAUCGUGGUGCUCGCCGUCUUCGCCAUCUGCUUCGUGCCCUUCCACAUCACCCGCACCCUCUACUACACCUCCCGCUACUUCCAGGCCGACUGCCGGACCCUCAACAUCAUCAACUUCAGCUACAAGAUCACGCGGCCGCUGGCCAGCAUCAACAGCUGCCUCGACCCCAUCCUCUACUUCAUGGCCGGGGACAAGUACCGGGGCCGGCUGCGCCGCGGGGCCGCCCAGCGCCUCCGGCCCGUGCCCACGCUGGACCUGGUCCUGGUGUCACCCUUCGCUGACAGCCUCACGGGUGACAGCCACAUCGCCAGUGUCACCCGCGGGGCCGGGACCGCACGCGGGUGCUGAGGGGUUCCACAGCCUCAGCCCUGGGCUCCAGGAGCUGCAGCCCCUCCGUGUGGGCAUUCCCAAAUCCCCAGACCUGAGUUGUGCCUGCCCUGCAGGGCUGAGGGCUGCAGCCCCGGGUUGGUCCCAGCCCUGCCCUGUGACACCGUGGGAGGAGGGUGC